UCCUGGAAUUCCCGUGUAGAUUACCGAGGUUGCGUGAAAUAAACGUUAUCAACGAAGUAAAGGACCCUCAAACCACCGGAGGAUCUUCUCUGAUUUUACAUUUUACAGGCACUGCCCAAUGCACAGAUUUCAGAUUAAUGGAUCCUGCUCAGUUUCACACAUUAACAAGAGGAGCCAGAAGCCAGCCCCCGUCGUCCACAACAUGACAUGGUGCCAUCACUAGAUGUACACACCCUUGUACAACAGAGAGAGUGUGUCGGCAUGUAAAGCGGGAUUAUGUCUGCUUCGGAGGAGGAGGGACCUCCAAGUUACGUAUCCAUUGACGAAACUGAUGCAGAUGUCCUCGCAUUUGAAAACAGCAACCUCCAAAGAAACUUGACACAAAUACCACAGCAACUUGCAAGAAACCUGAUUGCUGGGAGACAGACCAUUGCUAAUCCGGUGCCAACAUUUCAGCCCUGUUUGGCCAUGUCAGAUGACAAGGCCAUGUCAACUCCGGCUUCAGAGCUGUUUGAUGUUCUGGCUUCAGGGCAUUUUGAUGUUCCGGCUUCAGGGCAGUUUGAUGUUCCGGCUUCAGGGCAGUUUGAUGUUCCGGACUCUGUUAGAGAAAUGUUGAAGGAUGACCUACAUGACCGACAGAUGCUGGUUUCGGACAAUGAAACAUCGGAGUAUUACAGUGAAGAAAAUAGAAGCUGUUUGCCUAGUGGCGCUGAUGGAAAUGAUCUGACACAUAUUAAUGAAAUGGGUGAGGAGCGAGAAUAUGACCCCCCUGAGUUAAGAAAAGGAGGUGAGCCUGUUUCAUCCCGAAUGUCAAGGUCAUCUACCGAUGAAGACCUCCAGUCAAAGAGGGCUUCACUUGUCGAGUCUAAAAACAGGUACUGCUCUAUUGAGUAUGACCCCUCACGACGAGAGUCAAUACCAGUUAUUUCACCAAGACCAAAUCUCCCUCGUGAUGAUAGUGUCUUUUCAGAUGAUCAGCCACCCAUUUCCAAACGGAAAGUUUCCAGGGAGAGACUUGUGAAACAGUGGAGUCAGAGUGCCCCAGACUUGCCAGACUUGCUGCAGUCUCUGAAUGCACCUGAUGAUCCUUCACCAGACAUUGUGCAGAGCUUGGAACCCAUGUUGUACCCUGGGAAGAGACAGCGAGCUCAGUCGGAGGAGAUUCUAAAUACAGGAGCUGGCAACAAUGGAUCAUUAGGGUCCAAUCACAAAGUGGAAAUUGAGGGGAAAGUGUACAAUGGCAAAAGCUUGCAGCACAGUAUCAAGAGGUCGGUCAGUUUUCAUGAAAGUGCUACAGUUUACGACAUCCCACAAGAGAAAAGUCAAAAUCAGAAUCUUUUCUCACCCCAGGGUGAAGAAGCUCGUCAGUUUUUUCGCCACAGGUCGAGUGGAUACGGAACUGGCAGCUCUUCUAAAGGCUCACUACAGUCUCAGCUCAGUGAUCAAACUAACUUCAGUGACUCAGUGAUAACAGACAAUAGUGUCGAUCAAGAGGAGUUCCCCACCUUGGAGGAAAAUAACCACACAUUGACCAGUGCAGGUCAAGCGGACAUGUUGCCUUGUUUGAGUAUUUUUCAAUCCGAUUCAACAGUUGUGACUACAAGUUUAAACCGUGUUAACAAUCCUUCAUUAUAUGUGGAUGGUUUUGGCGACUCCAUCAAGAACAGUUGUGAAGAUGAGAACAAGGGCAAUGUACCAAAUUUUGAUUUGCUGGAGAAAAGCACUGGAAGCUUUCAGUUACCAUCAGAUUUGACACAAGAAGGAAUAGCUUCAGGAACAGUUCCGGAAGAUCUAACCCCAGGCGCUGUGGGGGGAUACUCCGAAGAAAACAGUCCCGUUGACGUUGGCAACCAUUUAAAUUAUGACUUAAAGGUUCUGGACGAUUGCAUGAAGAGAGACGACCCCCAAAUAUGUCCAUAUUAUUGUUUGCCAAAUAACGCUGCAGCCUUGGCAUCAGGGAGUCUUGGAAUUUACCGGAAUGAGCCAUCACAUGAGCUGUUACAGAAGUACCUGAUGACACUAGAUGACACUCCUGCAGAUGUGGACACCAUUCUGAGUCAUGUGAACAAGAUGCUUGUGCCGUCUGACAGUUCUACCCCGUCUCCUAGUCUUCAAAUCAAAUGGGUGGCAAACUUGUCAAGCCCUGAUCUGUCCAAAUCUUUUUUUUACCCGGUUCUGUCCAACAUCGAAGAACAGGAAGAGGUCAUUGAUCAUCAAGUGUCCAAGAAUGACAAGUCACCUGUUGAUUGGAGAUUCAGAGAUAAACUCAUGGAAAGACUAGAGAGAGCGUCACGGUGCCAAGAAGAUAUGUGUGAAGACAGAGACUGUGCGAAGGCCAAGAAAAUCCUGACAAUGUUUGAGAACAACAUACAGGUCCAGGCAAGCCUCGACAAGGAGCAGGAAACAAUUCUGCUGGCCUUGAGAUGUCAUGGAGAAAGAUGUGACAACAUCAAGUGCCCUAUGCCAUACUGUGCCCUGCUGAUUGAUGUGGAGCCGUGGGAUCCGAUGGAGGCCAUCUCCCGGAUCCGGCAGCAGCUGGACAUCAUCCUGGAGAUGACCGACACCAGCACAGAGCCGGGCCGAUUCCUCCGCUUGAGUCCGAACUGCCAGUACACCGGCCCAGUACGUGAAGGAGAAGACUGGAUGGUGUUAUCGCCACUCAGUAAAUCCCACAACGUGGUCCUAAUUUCUGACAUCUUUCCCACCUCUAGGGCUCCAAGUGUUCUGAAGAAGAUGCCCCUGCUGGAGCUGGACCAUCAGUGGCAUGUGUACGAGAAGAUGCGGAGUCUGUCUCACCCCAACCUGGUGGAGCAUCUGUGGGUCAUGGAACAAGGGAGGGACCUCCUCAUCUGCACACAGUUCAUGGGAGCUGGAAGUCUGCGGCAGGUUUUACGAGAGACGAAGAAAAAGCUGGCCUGGAAGACAACAGUCAACUAUAUGCAGCAGAUCAUCCGGGGGGUGUUGGCACUCCACGACAGACAGAUCGCCUACAUCAACUGGACAGCUUGCAACAUUUUGCUGGAUGAGACACGUCAGGUGGCCAAGGUGUCCAACCUGUCAGUGUCAGCGAACCUGGAGUCCCACGCUGUGGACUAUGGAGGGAUGAAGCAUGCACUGCCUGCAGCCAUCUUGCCACCAGAGCUACUGGGGCCAGUGCCAAGUGUCUGCACACUGUCGGACUCCUGGGGCUGUGGCUGUCUGCUGCAUGAACUCACCAUGGGACACAAGAUCUGGUACCGCUACCGCCACGAAACUAGAGACGCCGUGUGGAAGAAGCUUCAAGGCAAGGUGCCGCCUAUAGCCAAGGACCUCGUCAGGUGGCCAGAUAUUUUUCAAGCGUGUUGGCAGCCGGGACUUCUGAAGCGGCACCCUCUGAAGCACAUCCAGCAGAUGCUGACAAUGACGCUGACUGCCACCACUGAGACCAGGCAGGACAGAUGAGGACAGCAUGUGUGUGGGGGAGGACAUACUGACCUGAAUCAAACACUACUGAAACAAUGUUACAGAGCUGUGCCUUCUUGUCAGACUGCAUCAAAAGUUCUUGGAAGCAUUUCCUUCGAAUUACUGGUGUGUGUAGAGUUAGGACCACUAAUUUCUGUUCUGGAGGGAUCCGUGGAGGUCUGGGAUUCUUCUUGGGUGUUACAGAGCUAUGCCUUCUUGUCAGACAUCAUCAACAGGUCUUGGAGGCAGUACCUUGGAAUUACUGGUGUGUGUAGAGUUAGGACCACUAAUUUCUGUUCUGGAGGGAUCCGUGGAGGUCUGGGAUUCUUCUUGGGUGUUACAGAGCUAUGCCUUCUUGUUAGACAGCAUCAAUAGGUCUUGGAGGCAGUACCUUGGAAUUACUGGUGUGUGUAGAGUUAGGACCACUAAUUUCUGUUCUGGAGGGAUCCGUAGAGGUGUGGGAUUCUUCUUGGGUGUUACAGAGCUAUGCCUUCUUGUUAGACAGCAUCAAUAGGUCUUGGAGGCAGUACCUUGGAAUUACUGGUGUGUGUAGAGUUAGGCCGGACCACCAGUUCGUGUUCUGGAGGGAUCUGAGGAGGUCUGGGAUUCUCCUGAGGACAUGUUCACUUUUAAAUAACAUGAAUAGAUUGUCAAAUAAAUGCAGAAGUUCUAUGCCACAACACACUCCCAGACUCCCUGGGACAAUUGUCGACCAUGUUGCACAGACAAUCACAAGCAGCAGCACCUCAACUUUGCUCAGACAUAUGUAAAGCCACAAAAAAAACAGAUUGUGUCUCUAGUCUUUUGGUUUGACCUAAAAUGAUACAUCAAUGAACACAUGUUUAUUGUCAGUUCAAAAAAAUACAGACUAAAAGCACCUGUUCCAUUGUGUGACUGCACUUUCAUUUUUCAUUAAAGCAGGUUAGAGUAACCUGCCCUUGGUUAAAUGAAAAGGCAGAACACGUUCAGGGACCAGAAACAAUACUUUUUUUCGGGGGCCUAGCAUAGGGGUAUUGUCUUUAUGCUUGCAUCGUAAUGGCUUCAUGUGAGUUAGAUGGCCUCUUCUUCCUCUCAGCUAUUAACUACCAUCCAGUCAUGCCAAGAUUACAAACACACCACAGAUGGCCACACAUACGAAGCUUAUAGGGCAAUAAGUCCUUUAGCUCACCCGAACCAUAGUGUCAUUGUGUAGUUUAAUUUAGCAGCAGCUUUUGUUAUUUCAUAGUCAUACUUCUUUAGGGUUACUGCAAUGUAAAUAUGAAAAGUUGUAUAUAGCCUGUUAUGCAUUUAUAAUGUUAUUCUUUGUAUUCGUACCCAUUGUGGUCAACUCAUAACAUUUCAGUUGUGACUGAGCUCAAACAUACCAUUGAUGUAGCAUGAUCUGACGUCUGUGCUCAAACUACCGUAUAUCACAGUGUAUAAAGCUUGUUUCUUUCAUAUCACAAUAGUUAUUCUAUCCAUGACAGAAACAAUUUUAGUAAAAUACAGACAAACAUCAAGUUUAUAUGUGGUUAGGAAAAUAGCACAAGAUGAUACAUUUAGUGCAUUUUAGAGGCUUGUGACUGUCAUGUUCAUUGGUCAUGUGUCAUGAUAGAAUGGCAUGUUCACUGGCCAUGUGUCAUGAUAGAAUGGCAUGUUUGCUGGCCAUGUGUCAUGAUAGAAUGUCAUGGUUGCUGGCCAUGUGUCAUGAUAGAAUGUCAUGUUUGCUGGUCAUGUGUCAUGAUAGAAUGUCAUGUUUGCUGGCCAUGUGUCAUGAUAGAAUGUCAUGUCAUGUCAAGGCAAUACAACCUUCCAUAAAAUACUAAGCUGUGCCAUGAGUUCCUGAAGAAAGAGUAAAAUGUUCAUUCAGUGAAAGCUGAGCUACUGAUAAGCUGCAUAAAAUACCCACUAAAAAUAUUCAAAACCCAAUCACUUUCAAUUAACUUGCGUACUGAAGCACAUCAUUCAGCGAAAAACUCAAAUGUUUAUAAAACCUGCAAAUACAUACUCAAUGAAGCUUUUUCAGCAUGCAUACAACGGAACUAAUUUCUGAAACACAGUUACAAGCUAAUAUACUUUCCGAGUCAAGCAUAUAUUUAGAACAGUUAUAUACAUCAAAAACAUUAUUUC